AUGGCUCACGCACACGGAGGAUACUGGGAUCCCAACUCUGUCGGCGAUUACACUCAUACACCACCUGCUGUACCUCACCAAGCACACGGAGGUGCAUAUACCCCGGGAAGCUCUGUUGUGUCCUACCAAAACCAACCAUACCCCCAUCCUCACCAACAACAAGUCUCUCCAUCUACAAGUCCCCUCUCAGCACAAUCAACUAGCUACAUAACCUCCCCUAUCUCACAGCAUCAAACUCAAACCACGAUGCAGUACCAACAGCAGCCCAUGGCCCACUAUGGCCAAGGUCAACAAGGCGUUAUCUAUCAACAACAGGGUUCGAGCAGCGGUCAGCAGGACGGGCCAAUGCAGAACAAAGUUGCCAGUGUCCCUGUAACUACCACUCGUCGUCUCACAACCACCAACAGCAACCAAGAUGAGAAAGAACGAGCUGAAAAGGAAUUCCCCGUCACACUCAAAGGAAGCAAACACUUCUUCGAAUCCCGCUCCAUCUACCGCUGGCGCAACCCUGUUCUCUACCAAAAGCCUGGCUACAACUUCACCAACAACGAGGUCAAGAUACGACACCGUGACUACGCAGGUCGGGUCUCCUUCAAGCCUCGCUCCGAUCGCUAUCUUCACCACAACGAUGGUUACCUCCGUAACAUGUACGUCGCAUGCGUGGACGACAUUUAUGAAGGUCCGGGUACGUCUACCUGGAAGAGAACAUAUGUUCGUAAGGUUGCACCUAUGAAGGUGCGCAUUGCGACAUGGAUCAUUGACUUUAGCUAUGAUCCUCAGAGUUGGGGAGAUUGGGGAAUUAUGGUGUUGAGGACGUUGCCUGCUGCUAUUGCUAUGGCUCUUGUUUUCUGGGAUGGUAAACCAACUGUCAUUCAUCGAAGCCUUUGCUACGCCCCUGUUCUUUACAGAUAUCAUGGCGAUGCCAAGGUCUGGAGCAACCUUCUCGAGAACCGUAAGGGUCUCUCCCUCAUGGCACGUAACAAUGCCGUCUAUCGCAUGCUACGACCUCGCUAUCUGUGCUUCCUCCGUGAAGCCUUCAACGAUGAGAACAGAGGAGUCGAUGUCCGCAGCGUCGAAGAGUGGGAGAACAGCGAUGGCCAAGAUGUCAACCUUUCUUAUCUCUUUGUCGCUUACUCGACUGAGCACUUCAGCCAUAGCUCUCAGGAGGAUAUGAUGGCUCUUCAUCACAUUGCUGAGACUGCUUGUCGUGCUGCGAAGUUGCCUGCGUAUUGGAUUGCUUGCAGCUGUAUGCGCGACGAGAAAGAACUUGAGUCUGAUGUUUACCGCAUCUCAGAUGUUCUUCGUGGCUCAGACAGAAUGGUCAUCGCCGUCGGAAGAGGCAAGCACUCUCAGCCCGGCUCCUCAGGUAAAGCCAACACAGAAUCUCUCCUCCGCGAAUGGGGUAGCAGAAUGUGGACUUUCCCAGAAGUUCUCCUCAGCCCAGGUCGUACCAUCUCGGUCUACACCCGCGAUGGCAACCUCCAGUCUCCCCUAGUCGUGGCUAAGAACCAGUUCGCUGCUCAAGUCUGGACAUACAUGGAACCUGAUGUGGCUCGUCACCUUAUCGACCACUACCUUGGCAGCAUCAGCCUUAGUCAUCUUGAACAGGCUGUUCUGGCAUUGAAGUGUCUUUAUAGUCGCCGUACCACGGAGUAUCUCCCAGGUGACCAGGCCUACGCUCUUAUGGGACUCUUGAGACUUCGACCACAGAUUGAUCGAACAGACACUGCCUUCCAGGCUUUCUCACGACUAUCUCUGGCCAACGACUCUGAUGGACUCCUCGAGAGAUACAUUUGUACUCUGCCCCUGACAAAGGAACAGCCAUGGUACGACAUGACAGAUGCCUACGAGUCCUCCCUUUGGGACAUCACACCAUACUGUCAAGUCGCUGGUAUCGCUGAUAACGACACCAUCAUCAUUGACGGCGCAUGGGGCAUCUCCAUUCGCUGGAAGACCUUCUAUCCAGUUUACUGGUCCACCGGUCCCUCUUGGAAGAGAUGGUUCUCGGCCAUUGCAGUAGAAUGGAACGGAGCAUUCUUCAUUGCCGCAAUUGCACUCAUCGCAAGUGGAGCUUCUGCCAAUACCUCUACUACUGUCAGUGAUGGCUUCACCACCACGACUUACACUAGCAACGCUGGCACAGCUAUGAUCAUUCCUGGUGUCAUGUUCCUUCUCCUCUUCCUGUACAUCUGGCUUAUUACACCAAACUUGGUCCGUGUUAUCUACGGUGGAAAGUUUGCUGACACUCAAGCUGAAAUGUUUGGCUUUGAGGGCCAUCUUAACGCACCAACCAUUGAGCGCGCCAUCUUUGGUGGUAACUUUGGUCGUUUCUCCUGGACCACCAAUGGCAGUCCCCUGAGUCGCAGUGUCGUCAACGAAUUCGGCGAACGGGUCGGCAUCGAUCCUUGCAAAGACCCCGAAAUCAGAAUGAAGGUUGAGACAGCCAAACAAGCUCGCCCCGGUGACGUGAGGAUCUUCACUCUGGUUGAUACGUAUAACAUGGAGUUGACCCUCUUCGAGGCUGUCAGACCACCCGUAACUCUCAUGUUCUGCGCCACUGAAGGUGGUAUGCAACGAGCUAUUGGAUGCUCUUAUGAGUGGGAGACUCAAACUAUGUUCCGUGAGACUGUCUUGAGGAUGCCUACAACUGCUUUGAACCGCAUGGAUCGUGUUCCUCGGUUCCGUAUGGGUAUUCAGCGACCUGUAUAUCCAUCUGCUCCGAUCACAGGCGCCGUUUAA